CGGGGAGGGCUGCGGGGCCGCUGGAUGCUGAUGCCGCGCCGCUAUCUCCGCCACGGCGGGAGGAGCCCGGCACCGAGGAGAGCCCGUCGGAGCUCGGUCGGCGCCUCCGCCUCUCUGCCGUCUCCACGGAAAGAGCCCCGCGCCGCCUCGGGCAGGACCAUGCCCCGCCAGCUGCUCUCAGGGACCGUGCUGCUGGGAGCCGCCUUCCUGCUCGCAGGAUCGACUUCAGGAUCAAAAUUAAAAGUUCCUGUGCUGAGCGUGAAUGGCAGACAGCACAUUGUUCAAGCAGGCCAGCCUUUAAAUCUCACAUGCAGGGGGGAAAUGCUUCAUUCAUGGUCUUUGCCUGAAACUCUAAGUAAGGACAGCAAAAGGCUGAAUGUAACUAAGUAUGCCUGUGGAAGGAAUGGGACACAGUCCUGUAGCACUCUGACCUUGAGCAGAACUCAAGCAAAUGACACUGGAAGAUACAGCUGCAGAUACCCGACGAGUCCAGUGAAAAAGAAGAGGGAAUCUAUAGUCUAUGUAUUUAUCAAUGAUACAAGCAAUCCAUUUGUAGAGAUGCACAGUGAUAUACCUAAAAUAAUACACAUGACGGUGGGAAAAGAAAUGAUCAUUCCUUGCAGAGUCACAGCACCAAACAUUGCUGUCACGUUAAAAAAGAUUCCCAGAGAAACCCUAAUUCCUGACGGCAAAACGAUCAUCUGGGACAACAUGAGAGGCUUCAGAAUACCUGAGGCAACCUACAGAUUCAUAGGGCUCCUGAGCUGUGAGACGACCAUCGGUGGGCACAAGUUUAGCACGAAGUACCUAACGCACCGAGAGACCAACACAAUUUUUGACAUUAAGUUGAGCACCCCACGCCUUGUCAAGCUGCUGAAGGGAGACAGCCUGGCAAUCAACUGCACAGUCAAGGCAGCCUGGAACACCCGCGUGCAAAUGACGUGGACUUAUCCUGGGGAGGCCAUGAAGAGAGGUUCUGUAACACAGCGCAUUGACCAGAAGAAUAGAGAAGCCAAUGUUUUUUACAGUAUUCUUGUUAUUGACAAAGUUCGUGAUAUUGAUAAAGGCCAGUAUGCCUGCCAUGUGAAGAGUGGACCCUCAAACAAAUUAGUCAACACAACAGUCAUAGUUUAUGAUAAGAGAUUCAUUAAUUUGAAACGUCGAAGAAAAACUAUGCUGGAGGCUGUAGCAGGAAGAAAAUCCUAUCGCUUGCCAAUGAAAGUGAAGGCAUUUCCCUUGCCAGAGGUUACAUGGUUAAAAGAUGGGUUGCCUGCUGCUGAAAAGUGUGCCCGGUACAUGGUAAAAAAUUAUUCAUUAAUCAUCAAGGAUGUUGCUGAGGAAGAUGCUGGGAACUACACUAUAAUAUUGAGCUUACGACAGUGGAACUUAUCCAAGAAUCUUACAGUCACUCUUAAAGUAAAUGUGAAACCCCAGAUAUAUGAAAAUGCUGUGUCAUCAUUCCCUGAUCCAAAUCUGUAUUUAUUGAGCAGCAAACAAGUGCUGACAUGCACCGUGUAUGGUAUUCCUCCGCCAAAAAUAACAUGGAUGUGGUAUCCCUGUAGACAAAACCAUUCCAAAACAAGACGUGGCUUUUGCUCUCACACUGAUGGAUCUUUCAACCUGAAAACUGGGAGCAACGUAGGAAACAGGAUCCAGAGCAUCAUUGAGCGAACAGCCAUCAUAGAGGGCAAAAACAAGACUGCUAGCACUCUUGUUGUAGCUGAAGCCAAAUCUUCUGGAAUCUACAGCUGCGUGGCAUCCAACAAAGUAGGAAAAGCCGAAAGAAAUGUCAGCUUUCUUGUAACAGAUGUACCAAGUGGAUUCCACAUAAGUUUGGAAAAAGUUCCCAUUGAAGGAGAGAAUCUGGUAUUGUCCUGUUCAGCCAACAAAUUCAUGUACAAAGACAUUUCUUGGAUUUUACCGAGGACAGUCACUAAUCAAACGAAAGCAAGGAAGGCUCUCAAGGAAUACUCCAUCACCCUCACUCUGACCAUCAAGAAUGUUUCCCUGGCACACUCGGGCACCUAUACCUGCCGAGCAAGGAACAUAUUCACGGGGAAAGAAGUGCUUCAAAAGAAAGACGUUUCAAUCAGAGCGCAAGAGGCACCAGCUCUGCUGCGGCAGCUUGUGGAUCAGACGGUGAACACCAGUAACUCUGCCAUGCUGGAGUGCCAGGUUCAUGGCAUCCCCGAGCCCCAGAUAACCUGGUUUAAAAACCACGAGGAAAUACAGCAAGAAUCAGGAAUAAUUUUAGGGCCUGGAAGCCGAAUGCUGUUUAUUGAAAGAGUAAAAGAGGAGGAUGAAGGACUUUACCAGUGCAUAGCCACCAACUUGAAGGGAUCUGUGGAGAGCACAGCGUAUGUCACAGUACAAGGCACAGUGGAGAGAUCGAACCUGGAACUGAUAACCCUGACCUGUACCUGUGUGGCUGCAACACUUUUCUGGCUCCUGCUGACCCUCUUCAUACGCAAGCUGAAGAGGCCUUAUUUAUCUGAAACAAAGAUGAAUCAUUACCUGUCAAUCAUCAUGGAUCCGGACGAAGUGCCCUUAGAUGAGCAAUGUGAACGUCUGCCUUACGAUGCCAGCAAGUGGGAGAUUGCACGGGAACGACUGAAGCUAGGAAAGUCGCUUGGACAUGGGGCCUUCGGGAAGGUGGUACAAGCAUCUGCUUUUGGAAUUAAGAAAUCACCAACAUGCAGAAUUGUUGCUGUAAAAAUGCUGAAAGAAGGGGCCACAGCGAGUGAGUACAAAGCACUGAUGACUGAGCUCAAAAUCCUGAUCCACAUUGGCCAUCAUCUGAAUAUUGUGAAUUUGCUGGGAGCCUGCACAAAAAAUGGAGGGCCUCUGAUGGUGAUUGUUGAAUACUGCAAGUAUGGGAAUUUAUCAAACUAUCUGAAAAGCAAGAGGAAUUUUUUCAGCCCCACCAAGGACCCCUCUCUACAAGGAGAGCUGACGAAAGACAAAAAGGGUAUCGAGGCAAUGGAAGGCAAGAAACAAAGGCUGGCCAGUGUUACCAGCAGCGAGAGCUUUGCGAGCUCUGGGUUUCAGGAAGAUAAAAGUCUGAGCGAUGAGGAGGAGGACGAGGAGGAUGCUGCUGAGCUCUACAAGUUGCCCCUCACUAUGGAGGACCUGAUUUCAUACAGCUUCCAAGUGGCCAGGGGCAUGGAGUUCCUCUCCUCCAGAAAGUGCAUUCAUCGUGACCUGGCAGCCAGAAACGUCCUUUUAUCUGAGAACAAUGUAGUGAAGAUCUGUGAUUUUGGCCUCGCAAGAGAUAUUUAUAAGAAUCCUGAUUAUGUGAGAAAAGGAGAUGCUCGACUUCCUCUCAAGUGGAUGGCUCCGGAAUCCAUCUUUGAUAAAAUCUACAACACCAAAAGCGAUGUGUGGUCCUACGGGGUGUUGCUGUGGGAGAUAUUUUCCUUGGGUGCCUCUCCGUACCCUGGAGUCCAAAUAGAUGAGGACUUCUGCAGCAAACUAAAGGAAGGCACAAGGAUGCGUGCCCCAGAGCAAGCCACCGAGGAGAUUUACCAAAUCAUGCUGGACUGCUGGCGGAGCAACCCCAACGAGCGGCCGCGGUUCUCGGAGCUGGUGAAGCGGCUGGGUGACCUGCUGCAGGCCAGUGUGCAACAGGAAGGCAAGGACUACAUCCCCCUCAACACUAUCUUCACAACUGAAAGUGGGCUUCCCCCUGCAUCUGAUCCUUUGUGCAAUGAGAAGUUUCCUGUUCCAAGCCCAAGCUGCCGAAGCACGGAAAGAGUGAGAUACAUAAAUACUUUCAAAAUAAAGCCACCCCAGCGCAUAAAGACAUUUGAAGAGCUUCCCAUCAAGGAAACACUUGUAUUUAAUGACUACCAAGCAGACAGCGGGAUGGUGCUGGCCUCAGAAGAACUGAAGCGCUUCACGUGGACAGGCAGCAAGCAGAAGUGGACACUCUUUGGCGUGAAAGGCGUCAGCAGGAGCAAGGAGUCAGGGCUUUCUGGAAUAGCAAAGCCGAGAAGCUUCUGCAGUUUCAGUUGUGACCAACUCAGCGACUCCAAGAGAAGAUACACUCAUGGAAACACAGUGCUGGAGAAAAUGAAAGUGUGCCACUCUCCCCCUCCUGACUACAGCUCAGUAGUCCAUCACUCCCAGCCAUCCAUUUAAGUGUUUCUGGGCUAAGAUUUAUGUAGCUUGCUCUUAAGGUAAUGCCUCCUAUUCUUUUUUUUCUUUCAUGGAAACUACAACAGAUACAAUGAGAAUAGUAACAGUAUUUGGUACAGCAAAUUCUCAGCUACAAAAUGUUAUUUUUCAAUACAGUCAUCACCAUUGGUCAAUUCAUGUGGAUGAGCUGGUUGAGACUCUUCAUUUUGCGGUGUGACAGCUGUGCAAGGCCAUCUGGAUGAUGCCUUCUCUUUCAUGUCUCUGUCACCACUGCCAAAAUGCACCACCCACUGCCUCACUGUGCUCACACCCACUGUCUGAUCUCCAUAAAUGUUCAGCAAGCUUCUAUGAAUGUCAGUGGGUGCUGUUUUUUCUGCAUGGAGGAACUCCAUGGCACCUUUGCGUUAUACACACUUUCAUGUCAGAUGCCGUCCUGUCAGACUGCCCCUGUGCUGCCAUCUGUCACACCACAAUACAUAUCAGAAUAUUGCUGGGAAGGUUCAACCUCUGCUGCCAUACCACCAACACCCCUCUCUGAUGUCACGGACCAGCGUGAUAAAAUAGGAGGCAUUACUUUUAGAGCAGUCCUCAUAAUAUGCAUUUUUAAAAAAGAUUUCUCUAAAAUAAUGUCAGUUUAGACAUGUUGACCCCAGUAAUUUUAAUUAUGCUAAAAUCUAAGAGGAUAUCAUUGACAAUCUAAGUGAUCUUUGUUUCUACAGACCACUAUAUACAUGUACAAAACAUAGCAAAAUACUGCUUAGGCCUUGACUUUCCUAAUGCUGAACAGCAAUAGCUGUAAUAACUUUCCCAGUGCUUCUGACAACCAGAACAGUCAUCAUUACAAACAAAACAAGUUCACGGUUGGUCCCUCGGCAGCAGAGGGGCACGCAAUGCUGCACUAAUCCAGCCUCCAGUUGGGAGAGGCAGCUGGGGGGAGUCCAUAGCAUAAAGCAUCUUGGAAUUUGCACCCUAUUGCGUGGGUCUAUAGUGAGGCUAUCUGUGUAGGGUUGAAAAAUGAAGGAUGCUUUGAGAACAACAAGCAGAUCAUGCACUACUUUGAGAUCCUCUGGGGAAGGCCAUUCCUCUGAAUGAGUCAGAUUGGGAUGAGACAACACAAGUCUUACUGCUCCAGAGGACAAAAGAGGGAGGGAGUCUUGCAAAGCAAGAAUUUCAAAACACAGUUUGCAAGGAUACAAAAGACCUAAGAUCAAAGCCAGUACUAUGAUAAGAAGGAACGCAGAUCAACUCAGUUUGGUCAAUCCUACUGGAACCAGGUAAACUAAAUAUUGCUGAAGUUUUGCACUUUGUCAAUGUGCCAACAUUCACACACUGGAAACAAACAAGAUACACUAAAGCCAAGCUCUGUCUGUGAAAUCUAAUGGCCUUUCUAACACUGCACUGAGUAUAUUUUGUUUAUGGGACUCUGGCUGAAAAAGACACUAUGGCUACUAAACUGCAUAUACUUAAAGCAAAGUAUUAAUUUCUAGAGAGUGUCUAGAGUGCAAUGGGAUUGUUUAGAAGUGACACGGCAAUCUGUUUAGAGAGUUAGGGCAGCUUUUUUUUUAAUGAAGGCAGUUGAAUUUCUAGGUUAGUUAAUAGUAUAUAUGUACAGGAAUAAAAAUGCAUCAUUGAUUUAUAACAGAUUUUUGUAUAGCAUCUCAGAAAGGACGUGAAUGUUCCCUGUUCAAGGUGCAUAGGGAUGUACUACCCCCUUUUAUCUUUGAAUUCAAUGUUAACAAGGAUUUGGCCAUUUAACAGCACUGAAUCAUUGAAAAUGUUACAUAGGAUUCUGAUCUCUUGAGUCAGUUUAAGAACUGUGAACUUAACCCAUUAACAGACCUAAAGGCAAAUGAUCUUUUGUAUAUUUACAAAGGAAAAUGAUCUCGUGUAUGCAAGUAAAAGAAAUAUGCAUUGCUACUUCUAAACUGUACAUCAGUUCCAGUUCCUCCUUCCCAAAAGAUCACCAGUUUUAAAUACAAACUAUUGCACCACCUCUUUCUGGUAAAAAUAAAAAAUAAAUUCAGAAAACAAUUUCUUAAGUCCAGUUCAGCAAAAAAAUUAACUAUGGGAUAAUGCACCUCUGAAGUGUUUGCACAAUGUAAAUAUAUAAAUAUGCUUUUUCUGCAUAAAUAUUUAAGAAAACUGAUCUACAAAGACUACUUUUAUAUGAAUCCCCUAAGUUUCUGUGAUGUGAAUAACCCAUAUUUUAUCUUGCAUUUUCUGUCUUCGCAUAGCAUAUUCGAUCACUAAAUUCAUGCAAUAAAGUUUGCUUUUUGGAAGAAUCUACCAAAUUCGUUAAUCCAGCAUCAGAAAUUACUGCAACAGAUGGCUCAGCGCUGAGCAGCACUAAAACACAUAAUGCACCAGUCUUGUGAGCAAAUAGGACCAUGGAGCAAUGGCACAGACAGCACGCUCCACACAACAAACUUGACACAGUGACAGACACCUGUACUCCUUCCCUGUGCCAGAGAAAUCCACUCACCUCUGCGUAUCUAAGAAAUGCUUACUGCUGUCUGGAGACAAAAACUCAACUCUGCCUCCAAGAAAGCCACUGUUUCACUGUGGGGGGAGACAAAUCAGCCCAGUGACCAAUAUUCCUUAACGGUCCCCAUUCUGCUCACACAAAGCUAGUUGUCACCAACAAAGCCUGUUCUGAACUGGCAGUGUCACAAGCUAGCAGCUCAUGCCCAGUAGCUGUUCACUCUUGUUCAGAAAACCUCCAAAUCCCCACCCCAGAUGCACAGCCCAGAGAAGCUGCCUCUACUUAGGUGUCUAUCAAAGGCUUUCUGCCAUAUUUUAUGACUUAACUGCAUCUCCAAGCCAUGCUGAAAGGAGGUUGACAUGAUAUCUUCUCCAGAGACACAGAACACAGUGGUGUUACGUACAGCUGUAGGAUGCUCUGCAGCUCUUGCUGCACAUUACUAAGAAAAGCUACAGGGGCUUAGCACAGCUUUAGUUUUAAAUCAUAGAAUGAUCUGGGUUGUAAGCCCAUCAAGUUGGAUCAUCUAGUCCCUUCCCCCCACCACAGGCAGGGUUGCCAACCACUAAAUCAGACCCUAGCCCAGGGCCCAUCCAACCUGGCUUUGAACACCUCCAGGGAAGGAUGGAGCAUCCACAGCUUCUCUGGGCAGCCUGUGCCAGCACUUCACCACUCUGUCAGUGAAUAACUUCCCCUGACAUCAAACUACAAGAGGGGAGAUUUAGAUUAAAAACCAUUCCCUUUUGUCCUAUCACCACCUUCUCCCAUAAACAGUUGAUCUCCCUCCUCCUUAUAAGCUUCCCUUAAGUAACGGAAGCCACUAUGGCACCCACAUUCACCUUGGCAGGAAUGCUCAAUAAACUGUUCUCCAGGAACUCAUCCCUCUGGACAUCAUCCCUUCCUUCUGCCAUACCAGCUGCACCGCUCAGCUUGGUGUCAUCAACAAAUUUGCUGAGAGCACACUCAAUCCCAUUAUCUGUGUCACUGAUAAAUAUUUUAAAGAGUACCAAUCCUACGAUGGACCCCUGGGGGACACCUUUCACUGGCCUCCACCUGGACACAGAGCCAGUGACAACAAUCCUCCGGCCAAGAUCAUCCAAUAAAUUCCUUAUCUACUGAUCAAUGCAACCUUCAAAUCCAUCUCUGUCCAAUUUAGAGAUUGAUGGGGGACCAUGUCAAAGGCCUUGAAGAAGUCCAAGUAAAUGGCAUCACUUGCUUUCCCUUUAUCCAUCAGUGCCAUCAUUCCAUCACAGAAGGCCACGAGGUUGGUCAGACAAGACCUUCCCCUGGUGAAGCCAUGCUGGCUGUCUCAGAUCACCUGCUCCUCCCUCAUGUGCCUUAACAUCUCUUUAAGGAGGAUCUGCUCCUAGAUCUCUCCAAGCAUGGAGGUGAGGCUCACCAGCCUGUAGUUCCCCAGAUCCAACUUUCUCCCUUUCUUAAAAAUGCAAGUGAUACAUUUACCUUUUUCCAGUCACCAGGGACACUGUACGAUAGCCAUGACUUUUCAAAUACGAUGGAGAGAGGCCUGGCAAUGAAGUCUCCACACAAUAGAAUUUCUAGAAACAAUGCAAUUUAAGGGAUAAGAACUCCUUACUAAAUGAAUACUAAUUACCAACUAUUUCAUAUAUAUUGCACAAAGUUUCCUGUUACAUAAGCAUAGUCAGAACUGGAGUAAGUUCUUCUAUGUCAAUCCAAAAGUCAACUCACCACUGUAUGUUAACAGUACAGAAAAGAAAUCCUGUUAAAUGAAGCUGCCAAUUACUUGACAUGCAAAUUCUCAAGAAAAAAUAAUAUAUUUGCUACUGAGUUGACUCAGAGUUAAGGAAGUGUGUAUUAGUGUGACUUGCGUAAUCAGCAUCUGUAUGUUUUAGGAUAACUCAUGUACUCCAAGUGGCAAGCACUAAAAACUAUUAGUGAAUCACAGCUGUUUGAACUUUGCACUGGAAACAAAACACAGAAGAAAUAUGGCUGAACAGAAUACAGAUCCAGCAGAAGAGCUGAAAAGCUGCAUAUCCAAAUACUUCAAUAGUUCACGUUGUCAAAAAAAGGCCACGUUGUUUCUGGUAUUCUUUAUUAAAAAUACUGCUGUACACAUGAAGAAUGAAAACAGGAUUAAAGAUGAGUAACACAUAUGGGGAUCAUGACAUCAGAACUUAACAUACUGGUGCUUUUUAGGGGAAGGAGUUGACACCUGAAUUACUGAAACAAGGGCAAAUCAAAAAAUAUAUAGAUACCCCUCAACAAAAUAUUUACAAUAUAGUAAAUACAGCAACAGAAUUUAAAACCAGUACAAAAAUUAAAAUGACCAACAUCACAUGAUUUCAAAGGUUGCCCCGUCUGUGCUUUUAGCUGUAAGAAUAGAAAGGUUAGAAUUAAAUUUCCCAUCUAGAAGGACACAUCCUGGUGGCUCUUCUUUAUAAAUACAGACAUAUAAUUCUUCCUAUGAAUGGACUGAACUAGAACUUUAGGACAACCUUCUAAAUGGAAUUAAAAGGGGGCAGAAGGGCUCUCCCCCAAAAAACACCCAAGCUAAACUUCAGACUGUUUAAAUCAUUCCCAAAUACAAACCAAAUGAAAUAAAUAGGAAAAAAAAAAAAACAAAGCUCAACUUUUUUUUUUUUAAU